CCCAUUCCCAUUCAGUACUCGCACCAGCAACACCACGUAAACCUCAUAAACCUCCCCCUUCCGCCUUCAGGAAUCAGGCCUUCCCCUCUUCCAUUUUCCGAUACCCACACAAGGAAAACACAGAAAAAUAUAACACCCUAUAUACACACAGUUACUCCCCAAGAAAGAGGGCCGAGGGGAACGAAGCAGCAGCAAAGAGAGAAGAGCAAGGAGGAUGGCAUCCCAGUUGCCCGAUGACUUCAAAUGCCCCAUUUCUUUAGAGAUAAUGUCUGACCCUGUUAUUCUCUCCACCGGUCACACCUUCGAUCGCUCCUCAAUACAGCGCUGGUUGGACGCCGGCCACCGUACAUGCCCAAUUACCAAACUCCCCUUGCCCGAACCCCCUUCCCUCAUUCCCAACCACGCCCUCCGCAGCCUCAUUUCUAAUUUUACCCUCGUCUCCUUCCCCGACCCCCAACACUAUCUUUCCAAUCCACAAACCCUCCUCCACCUUUUGCUUUCACCUUCCUCCCGGUUGGAAGAUAAAAUUAACUCGCUCGACCAACUCACCCGGGUUUCCAAGAGGGACUCGGCGAUUCGGCGUCGCCUUACCGAGUCGGGGGCCGUGUCGGCCGUUUUAAACUGUAUCGACUCGCCGGAGCCGUGGCUCCAGGAGAAGGCCCUUCAUUUGCUUCUUAACUUGAGUCUGGAUGAUGACAGCAAGGUAGGGCUGGUGGCGGAGGGAAUUGUUGGGAAGGUGGUUUACGCUCUCCGUUGCGGUGUUGGGGACUCACGCGCUGUGGCGGCCACUGUGCUGACUAGCCUCGCCGUGCUGGAAGUCAAUAAGGUCACCAUCGGGUCAUAUCCUGAUGCAAUUCCGGGUUUGGUGUCCCUCCUCCAGAUUGGAAACUCGAGGGAGAGAAAAGAAGCAGCCACCGCUCUGUUCACGUUUUGUUCUUUUCCUGAUAAUCGGGUUCGAGCAAUUCAGAAUGGGGCUGUGCCCAUUUUAAUCCAGAAUGCAAAUUCGGGCCUUGAACGGGCUGUGGAGGUGUUGGGCCUAUUAGCAAAAUGCAAACUGGCGCGGGAUGAAAUGGGGAGAUGUAGCCAGUUAUUGGAUAUUUUAAUUGGGAUUAUGAGGAAUGGGAGUGCCAGGGGUGUGCAAUACGCCCUGUUAACAUUGAGUUCUCUGUGUUGCUAUAGUGAAAAGAUGGGUAUGGAAGCUUUAAGAGGAGGAGUGUUUGAGAUAUGUGUUGGGUUAUUGGAGGAUGACAAUGAGAAAGUGAGGCGUAAUGCGAAAACUUUGAUUCAGGUGUUGCAGGGGAAGAGAAAAAAUGUGUGAUUCUUUUUUCUUUUUUUUUAGUGGUUGAAGGUGAAGUUGAUUGAAGUGAAAGAGGUGGUAAGCUGCGAUGAAAAUUUGCAUCUUGGAGGUGAGUAGGUAGUUUUUGUAAUUUUCCUGUUCUUGGAAUAGAUUUUUGUAUAAAGAAUGACAUAAGAAAAAUAUUGUUCUUUCAUUGUACAUCUUCAAUAAUCAUAUGAUACAUGUGGCCUCGCCUGUGUUCGAUGUUCCGGCAAA